AUGAGGCUGUCGUUCAUUGAAGCGAGCACGGGAGAAGUAAUAUACCAUACGACGCGCCGCUCGAAGAAGAAGAUCCGAAUGCAGAAGACAGCAACAUAUGCUGGAUAUGAAAGCGUUCCAGUAGCAGCAGACAAGCUCCUGCAACGCAAUGGUGGCGCUCUUGCAUAUCCCCCUAUCUCUCGCGUCUCGGUUCCUCUGGAGCUGACGGGUUCGGGCUGGUCCAUAGAUAACGUUCCGCUGUGGGAAUAUGUGGUGUUUGUUUUACUUAUUGUUUCGCUCCUUGUUUUGGCGUUCACUUGCUGUGGGCGCUUCUCCUGCAACCUCAAGGAGCGGGCAGUUCCUCAGGCGCGGCAGUAUUCCUUGCCUUCCUGGAUACUUCGCAGACAGACGGAGGAGCUUGACGCUCAUGAGUUGCCAACUAUCUUGGGGGCUGUGCGAGCUGUAACGGUGGGACGAGCCGCUGACAGCGAGGACUGCGAAAGAACCUCGAGAGUGAAGGCCUGUGGGAUUUGCUCAACUUCAAGCGUGAAGUAG